AUGUUGGUCUCUCUUACUGUUGGCAAGGUCGACGCCGGUCUAGCUAUACUUCUCACAAAAGACAAGCGACUUAUUGAGUUUCCUUCUGUUCUUCUUCCACCUGGUGUCUCGAGCGGCAGCAUAAUCGAUAUUCAAGUUUCCCGCAAUAAUCGAGCUGAAGACGCGGCACGUCAAGCAUUCGAGACCCUGCAAAACGAAAUAUUCUCGCUGUUUGGACAGAGGUCCCCUUCAAAGCCUGUCUUAAGAAUCCGAAAUGCCACACAGACAUCCGUGGUUUUGGAAUGGGAUCCUAUCGAUCUUGCAACAGCAUCUCUAAGAUCUCUGUCGCUCUACAGGAACAAUUCCAAAGCUGGCAACAUACCAAAUCCAACUACACACCACUCUACUAAGAUAUCAGGACUUGCGGUGGAUACUGAAUAUUCCUUUCACUUGGUAUUGCGGACUUCAGCAGGCACAUACGCAAGCGAGAAAGUCACAACAAGAACGCAUAAAAUGACCGAUUUGUCCGGUAUCACAAUAUGCCCAGGAGUUAUGUCUCCUUCUGAGAAGGAAAGGCUUAAAAUAGUUAUUGAACGGAUAGGAGCUAAACCACUCCAGGAUCAUGUGAGAAUUGAUACGACUCAUUUUGUUUGCACCGAGGGUCGUGGGCACGGUUGGGAGAGGGCGCAAGAAAUGAAUAUUCCUAUCGUUCGACCGGAGUGGCUUGAGGCUUGUGAGCAUGAAGGGCGGAUAGUAGGUGUGCGAACAUAUUAUCUUGGUGCAGAUUCCGCCCUUAGAACCCAAAGAGCCCGACCAGUAUCACAUGCCCUGCCGCAAAGCGGAGCGGGACAGGGCCCACCUGGUGAUAGGCGUGAUUCAGUCACUGAUACAAACACGAGCAAGUCUGCACACCAAGUGACCAACCCCACUGGAUCCCCGCCAGAAGUUGAAGGUGCUACCACAGCAGUUGAGAAAGAGCCGUCGCCGCCUCAAGACAGCGAGCAACUCCCGAUGGAGGACGGCCGCAGUGACGCACCCCCCGUGACGCCCCCGGGAACGGCGUGUGAAGCUAUAGCAGCGGACCGAGAUGGAAAUAAUGGCCACCACCCACAAGAUGAUGCAGAUUUUACAUCCGUUCCAUUGUGA